AUGACUAAUUCUAUAGAGAAAAAACCACAUGCUAUCUUAACUCCAUUUCCACUUCAAGGCCAUAUCAAUCCAAUGAUGAAACUAGCAAAACUUCUUCAUCUUAGAGGCUUUCACAUAACCUUUGUAAACACUGAAUACAACCACAAACGUUUGCUUAAAUCAAAGGGUCCUAAUUCUCUUGAUGGUUUCACUGACUUUAACUUUGAGACCAUACCAGAUGGUCUAAUUCCAAUGGAAGGUGAUGAUGGUGAUGUUACUCAAGACAUACCUUCUCUUUGUCAAUCAAUCAUGAACAACUGCCACCACUUCUUUUGUGAACUUCUUGCUAGACUUCAUAAAUCUGCCAUUGCUGGUCUUGUUCCGCCGGUUACAUGCUUAGUUUCUGAUUUUUACAUGCCAUUUACCAUACAAGCCGCUGAAGAUCAUUCACUCCCAAUCCUUAUCUUUUCCACAACAAGUGCUUGUACCUUAUUAAUUGAUCUGCACCUCGCUACACUGAUUGAGGAAGGGUUAAUACCACUCAAAGAUGAGAGUUAUCGGACAAAUGGAUAUUUAGACACCAAAGUAGAUUGUAUUCCAGGAUUGCACAACUUUCGACUAAAGGAUCUAACUGACAUUAUUCAGACAGCAAAUCGAAAUGAUACCAUGUUAGAAUUUGGUAUGGAUGUAGCAGAGAGAGUUCGUAGAGUUUCUGCUAUUAUUUUUAACACUUAUAAUGAACUUGAGAGUGAUGUAGUAAAUGGUCUCAAUUCUAUGUUUCCUUCUCUCUAUACAAUUGGACCUUUACCUUUGUUAUUAAAACAAUCUGAGCAUAAUCACUUGGAAUGUUUAGGUUCUAAUCUUUGGGUAGAAGAUACCAAGUGUCUUGAAUGGCUUGAAUCAAAGGAUUCUGAGUCUGUUGUUUAUGUGAAUUUUGGAAGCGUUACAGUUAUGACUUCAGAGCAACUGUUGGAGUUUGCUUGGGGUUUGGCCAACAGCAAUAAACCAUUUUUGUGGAUCAUUAGGCCUGAUCUUGUCAUUGGUGGCUCGGUGGUUUUGUCAUCUGAGUUUUUGAAUGAAAUUUCGGAGAGAGGCCUAAUUGCGAGCUGGUGUCCACAAGAGAAAGUUUUGAACCAUCCUUCAAUUGGUGGGUUCUUGAGUCAUUGCGGAUGGAACUCAACCACUGAAAGUAUAUGUGCAGGAGUGCCAAUGUUGUGUUGGCCAUUUUUCGCUGAUCAGCCAACAAACUGUAGAUUUAUUUACAAUGAAUGGGAGAUUGGAAUGGAAAUUGAUUCUAAUGUGAAGAGAGAGGAAGUGGAGAGGUUGAUCAAUGAAUUGAUGUUGGGAGAUAAAGGGAAGAGGAUGAAGAAAAAGGUCAUGGAGUUGAAGAAGAAGGCAGAGGAGAACACUAGUCCAGGUGGAUGUUCUUACAUGAACUUCGAGAAAGUUGUUAAGGAAGUUUUGCUUAAACAAUAUUAA